AUGGGCGACAACGAUAGCUUCAACGGUUUUGAAAGCAAGGCCACAUUUCUGACAACGAUUGGUCAACCACAAGCACCAUUGCUACCGCGUGUUCAAGCAGAGGGACCGACCUUCGUCGACACACAAGCGUGCGUGUGUUCAUUACGCACCACUCCCGGACAAGAUGCGGGCGCUUCCUGGCGAUGUCUUGGCAACCGAACAGAGGAGAUGUACCUCACAAAUGACGGCAAAUGGUUCAACGCACAAAAUGGCGCGGCAACGCUUGACGGCCCGACAUACGAUUCGACAAAUCCUCCCGACAUAACGAAGGCUCUUAAGUGGGCUGAUGACAAGUCUGAAUUGGUGCCCAUCACAAGCAACAAAGACUUGCCAGUCUACGACCAAACCUGCUCAGGCACGAAUCACACAACUUUCUCCACCUCCUACUAUAGGGCAGCAGCUCAGCUUGAGCGAGACGAAGCACCCGUGGAUGGUGCUCCUUGUUUCAGGCCUGGUGCCGUACCUGUGCAAAUGCAAACCAUCGACGAGUGGCAGGAGCAUGGCUGUGCUGAAGGCUUUCUCUGUGAGUGUUUCUGUGGGCUCGAUCAUAUUUGUAUUUAUGCUGAUAUCCACACGGGCCAAAAUAACACUGUCAACUCUCUUCCGCAAUACUGCACGCCGUUGACGAUCUGCCAACGAGCCCGUCUGGCUGGCAAGGCUUGCGAGUUUGAGGGCCGUAAUAUUGGGAUGGGCGUUUUUGAGCCCAUAAUCUGCCAAGGGGGCUACUACUGCCCGCCAGCACAGAGGACAACCAUUCGAUGCCCCUCCGGUUCAUACUGCCAGCCCGGCGCACCAUCACCGACCCCUUGUAGCACCGGCAGCUACUGUCCCAAGGGCGCUACGAGCGAGGCUGUUGUGAUCCCAGUGGGCAUUGUUGUCAUUGUUGAUCUUUUCAUUGGCGCCAUCUUGCUGUGGGUUGUCUUGCGGCAGCGAAGGAAGAGUGGCAAGAGGAUGAGAUUCCCAGGAAUCCCAUUCAUGGCCAAGUCUGCAUCAAAGAAGGGAAUUCAAGCUACAGUCACGGGGUACAAGCAGCUUGACGACGAGAUAGACCAGGAGAUGCAACCUAUGCAGCCCACAUUUCUGCCAUAUAGGCCCGGGAAUGGCUUUCAGGCUGUUCUCGACGUGCCCGUGGCACGCGCCCCAACCGUCAAGUUGCGCCGAGCUAACACACUGGCUGCAUUGAAUCCGCAGCUCAAGGCCUUUGUCGACUCAAUGUCAAGAGCCACGGAUGUACAAGCCGACAACCUUGGCCUAUCUUUCGCAUACAACGGCCUCACAUUUCAACCGAAAGGCCGACCCACGCCCAUUCUACAGGAUGUCACUGGCCGCAUAGAUAAGGGAUCUCUCGUCGCCGUCAUGGGCGGUUCCGGCGCCGGAAAGUCGACCUUUGUCAACGUGCUCAUGGGCAAGACCAAGAACACUGGAGGGACUGUCACUGUCAACAACAUUCCGGGGAAGAUCGAGCAGUACAAGAAAAUUAUAGGCUACGUGCCUCAAGAUGAUGUUGUCCUUCCCGAGCUGACAGUCCGGGAAAAUAUCCUGCACUCGGCACGCAUCCGUCUGCCCAGAUCCUGGUCCGACAAGGACAUCUCGGCCCACGUCGACUCUGUUGUUGACUGCCUCGAGCUCUCUCACGUCCGAGACUCCCUAGUCGGCAGCGUUGGAAAGCCUGUCAUCAGUGGUGGCCAGCGCAAGCGCGUUAGUAUCGGUAUGGAGCUGGCCGCUGCGCCCAUGGCCAUUUUCCUCGACGAACCGACAAGUGGAUUGGACGCUACUGCCGCCAGCUCAAUCAUGCUGACCUUGAAGGCUCUUGCGCGUCUCGGUAUCUCGGUCAUUGCAAUCAUUCACCAGCCGCGUAUGGAGAUCUUCGAGAUGCUCGACAAUCUCAUUCUUCUCGGCAACGGCCAGGUCAUCUACGAAGGACCGGAAAAUGAAGCGCAGGCAUAUUUUGAGGGCAUGGGGUUCAAGUUUCCUAAGCACAGCAAUAUUGGCGACGUGGUUACAGAUAUCAUUACCGGUAAUGGGAGGGCAUACAAGAAGGGCGGUGACGUCUCUAAGGAGGCCCUCAUCAGCCACUGGGCAUCCCAUCAUCGCCGGGGCGAAAGCGAUGAAGAUUCUGGCGAUGACUCCGAGGCAAAGAGUAUCAGGGUCUCUAUGAGAGCACUUUUGAAACGCCGUGGUGCCCGCCGGCAUAAGCAGACAUGGCUUUGCCUCCGACGCGCCAUGCUGCAACAGUAUCGUCUCAAGCCCGCACUAUUCUUUGAAAUUGGCUUAAGCGUUCUUUCAGGAUUCCUCAUUGGUUUAUCUCAAGAUGGAAAAAAGGGUGUGCUCUUCCGAGGCUACUACAAGGCGCCUUAUGAGGACCUUAGCCUAUCCGCAGACUUUGCCUCACCAGCCCAGCUGGCUCUGCUCCAGGCCAUCGGCAUCGGUCUCAUAUGUGGGGCGCCGGGGGUGAAGAUAUUUUCAGAAGAGGUGAUUCUGCACAGAAGAGAGGCUGAAGCAGGCCACUCGCGGCUGGCGUACUUCCUUGCCAAGACGGUCUCUGUAUUGCCUCGGAUGGUCCUCAGCUGCCUUCAUUUCACCACCCUCGUCCACAUCCUUUCGCGACCCAUCAUCAGCUGGACCCUCGCAUACUGCAUGAACCUCUUGUACUUUUACUGUAUUUAUGGUCUUGCAAGUGUCGUCAGCAUGGUUGUCCGACGAGAAGACGCCCCCCUCAUCUCGACAAUGGUCAGCUUCAUCGUCGGCCUGCUUUCGGGAGCAUCACCUGCUCUCUCGCAAGUCAGAACAUGGCAUAUGGAAUGGCUUUGGCGGGCGUCACCGGGAACCUGGUUUGCGGAGGUCUACUUUGGCCAGUUGGCUGGGCCUUUCAAAUACCUGUACGACAUCGACAUGGCAGCCGAGUUCACAGGCUACAACCUCGGAACACUGCAGAUUGGAGCUUUGGUACUCUUUGCUAUUGGAACACUUUAUCGCAUUUUAGCAUUUGGUGGGUUGCUGGCUUGUGGCAGGAUGAGGAUUUAG